UCCUGAGUGAAAAGAGGAUGGGGACAGUGAUUCAAAGGAACUGGUAUGGAGAGAGACAAAGAAAGACAGAAGAUGAUGCUGGAAAAGGUCAAGACGGUGGCUUCUAUGAGGGCAUGUUACCAGGGCUUUGAUCCUGUUGCUUAUCUGCACUAUAACUACACUCCACCCCGAGCAGACUUUGAAAGGAGAAGUAGCAUUGUGCCAUGGAAACUCCGCUGUCUGCACAGAGCCUUUACUGAAGAUGAUAUAAGAGGGGAUGUUUUAGUUGAUGUGGGAUCUGGCCCCACUCUUUACCAGGUCAUGAGUGGCUGCGAGAGAUUUGAUCAUGUCAUACUGUCUGACUUUUUGGAGGUGAAUCGAAGAGAGCUGCAAAGCUGGCUACAGGAGGGCAAGAGUAGUAUUGACUGGACUGCUUACUUCAAGUAUGUGUGUGAUCUGGAAGGCCGCAGUUCAUCGGCUUGGGCAGAGAAAGCUACACGUCUUCGCUCAGUUGUGUCUAAUGUGCUGCCCCUUGAUGUUCACCAGUCCUGCCCAUUAUCACCAGGGUUCUUGCCCCCUUCUGGAGCUGACUGUCUGGUGUCAUCUUUCUGCCUUGAGAGUGUAAGCCCUGACUUACUUUCCUUCACCAAUGCCUUAGGCCACAUCUCCAGCCUGCUUAAAAAAGGUGGAUACCUUCUACUAAUUGGUGCCCUAGGAGAGAGCUUCUACAUGGGUGCUCCAGGGCUGUACAUUCCUGUGGUCCCUCUGGAUGAGUCUCAGGUCUGUGCUAGUCUGAAGGCCAGUGGAUAUGAGCUGUUGCAGCUUUGUAUUUACCACCUGCCACCAGAUAUGAAGGUGGGGGUAGAUGAUGUCACUGGUGUGUUCUUUGCAAAAGCCAAGAAAGCAUAAACAUUUUAGUUGAAGAAUACAUUCAUUGGAAAGGUAGGGAAUUAAUGUAUGUUCUUUAUAUUGCUUCACUUUUAAAAGAUAAAAGAUGUUGAAAACAAUCAUAUUGUCAUACACAUCUGAGUUCACCUCAUUCACUGCACAUAAACUCUGCAAACGUUAAACUGUGAAUGCACAAUUUACUAAUGUUUGAUUUCACUCAUUAAAAUUAACCUCAAAGCUAAAUUCAGCUCAUUUAUUUCAGCUAAACUUGGCAAAAGUCAUUUUUUUUAGAAUUUUGUAUUUUAAAGAUAAUUUUGUAAAAUCCAAAUAAGCUUUACAUAUCUUAAUUAAAAAGAGUUUAAACAAUAUUUUUCAAGCUUGUUCAGUGAACCAUAAACAAUUAUUACACAUGCACCAGUGGAACACUCCUUAAUACACAUUUUUUUCACAGUGGUAGACAAUAAAGAUGAAUUAGGAUAGUGUUACAUGGAGACUGAAAGGAAUAGUACCAUGUGUAUUGUGUAACCAUGUGUCUCCUCAGAUGUGUUUGAGAACUUGUAAAUGUCUUGGUAGAAGAGUAGGAUAACAUCUUACAGCAAAAACAGGCAAAUCUGGUGCAGUCCAUGAGUA